AUGGUCAACCUUGAAGUCCCCAAUGACUACACUUUCUCGCCCAGCCAGGCAACGCCGCAUUUGACUAUCAAUCACGAUGUUGCUGCCGAUCUGGAUUCCAGCAAUGCAUUUGAAGGCCCCGAGAAGCUGCUGGAGGUGUGGUUCGCCCCAGGACCGACCUCUCUGCCGGCUGGUGUGCCCCAGAAUGGAUUGAAGGCCGUUCCGUCCGACACGUGGGUUGGGAUGCUUGAUAUGGUCAACUGCAAGAUCUUGUCCGUCAUCACCUCGGAGAAUGUCGACUCCUACCUUCUCUCCGAGUCGAGCAUGUUUGUCUUCCCCCACAAGAUCAUCUUGAAGACUUGUGGCACUACAACCUUGCUUCUGGGACUGCACCGGCUCCUACGCAUUGCGGCCGUCGAUGCCGGCUUCCCAUACCACAACACUGGGUCGCUCGAUGACAUCAAGGCAGCGGCUACGCCUUACCGUGUGUUCUACAGCCGGAAGAACUUCCUCUUCCCUGACAAGCAGCAGGGGCCUCACCGGAGCUGGAAGCAGGAAGUCAAGUACCUCGACGACAUGUUUGAGGGUGGCAGCGCCUACAUGGUGGGCAAGAUGAACGGCGAUCACUGGUAUCUAUACAUCACUUCGCCUGGCGCCACACACACGCCGCCUCGCUCGCCAGACGAGGGGAAGACUACAAUCAGUCCUACUCGCUCCAAGAUCCCCGCCGGCCUCGUGACUCCCGCUGAGGAAGUACCCCAGAAUGUCAGCGACGAGACCUUGGAGAUUCUUAUGACCGAUCUCGACCCGGAGAAUGCGAAGCAGUUCUAUCUGUCGCACGCGAGUGCGGUCGCGUGCGAACAGGUUCCUUUGCAAGCUCAGGAGGCUCGGAAGGCGGCCCACGACAGCCUCGGUGGGCUGUCUGAGAGCUGCACCAGCGAUGGUACCACGGCCGAUGAGAUUUUCGACGUGGACGAUGUUGACAAGGGAGCGGGUACUGCUACUCCAAUGACGGACCAGGCCGUCCUCGCCGAGUCGCUGACCACCGAGGGACACGCUCUCGGGACCGUCGUUUCCAACAACUGCGGCCUCUCGGACGUGUAUCCCACGUCGAUCUAUCCCGACGCUCGCAUCGAUGCUUACAUGUUUGCUCCCUGUGGGUUCUCUGCCAACGGCGUCAUUCCGGCGCCUCCAGGACCGGACGGAGCUCAAAGCUCGUUUGACGAGGGCAACAAGUCGACUAACCCAUCGGCCCAUUACUUCACCGUCCAUGUCACGCCCGAGCCGGACUGCUCCUUUGCGUCAUUCGAGACCAAUGUUCCGGGUGGCCAAAAGGGACGCGAGACCGCCGACAUCAUCGAGCACGUGGUCCGCAUCUUCCGGCCAGGCCGUUUCAGCGUGACCCUUUUCGAGACCAAGGGCAAAGGCGUCAAUCCAUACGGGUCGGGGAUGGGUAUUCAUGACGGCGCCAAUGCCGAGAGCCGGCAGCGCCUUGAGCGCAUCCCGGGAUACCGCCGGAUGGACCGCAUCGUGCAUGAUUUCGACGAUUACGAUCUGAUUUUCCGAUUCUACGAGCGUGAGGGAUGGGUCGGUGGCGGCGGCGCGAGGCUUGGAGAGGAGCUGUAG